UGGAGAUGAGAGUCAGUCCCACAACCUCCACAGAGAACCGACCAGGGACGGGGGAGGAAACUUUGUGAGCGCUGAAAUCUGCUGGAUUCAAGAUUAACUGCCGGUCAUGAGCGAUUUUUUCUAGGGGAAAUUUGGCGGAUUCUCGGAGUUGCGCGCUUGCAGCGGACCGUACUUCGCACUGCUGCGACUCCAGGCGGCUGUGAAGGAAACCAUAUCUGGUCAAAGUAUUCGUUGCUGUCACCCAGCGGGACCAGCCGGCUAUAAAUAGCGCUGGAGGAGGUGUAAUCGUUUCCCCAAGAGGUCUACGGCCACUUGGCUGCCUUUGCUGUUAUUUUACCCGAGGUGGGGGUCAUUGAGAUAUAAUCUAGGCUCCUGAUCUCCUGCAGUUUGUCUUUCUCAUUUGGAGGAGCUGCUGAGGUGUGCUGUCCACAAUGUCACUUUUAAGGAAGGAGAUGGAGAAGUACAGGGACAUAGACGAGGACGAGCUGCUGAAGAAACUCUCAGAAGAAGAGUUGCAGCGGUUAGAGGAUGAAUUAGAGGAGCUGGAUCCUGAUAAUGCAUUGUUGCCUGCUGGGAUGCGGCAGAAGGACCAGACAAAGAAAGCACCAACAGGAACGUUUCAGAGAGACAACCUUCUGGCCCAUCUGGAGAAACAGGCCAAAGAGCAUCCUGACAAGGAAGAUCUCGUUCCCUACACUGGGGAGAAGAGAGGGAAAGCCUGGGUCCCUAAAAAGAGGGUGGACCCAAUCAUAGAGAGUGUGACUCUUGAGCCGGAGUUAGAAGAAGCCCUGGCCAGCGCUACAGAUGCUGAACUCUGUGAUAUUGCAGCCAUCCUGGGCAUGCACACUCUGAUGAGUAACCAGCAGUACUAUGAAGCCCUGGCCAGCAGCACUAUAGUCAACAAGCAAGGCCUCAACAGUGUGAUCCAGUGUACCCAGUACAAGCCAGUCCCUGAUGAGGAGCCAAACUCCACUGAUGUAGAGGAAACUCUGCUGCGAAUAAAGAGGAAUGAUCCCGACCUGGUAGAAGUCAACCUCAAUAACAUCAAGAAUAUCCCUAUCCCAACUCUGAAGGCAUAUGCUGAGGCUCUGAUGAAGAACACAGUGGUGGAGAGGUUCAGUAUUGUGGGAACAAGGAGCAACGACCCUGUAGCUUUUGCCCUGGCAGAGAUGUUGAGAUCAAACACAACGCUUAAGUGUCUGAACGUUGAAUCCAACUUCAUAACAGGGACUGGAAUCCUGGCCCUCGUAGAGUCGCUGCAGAAUAACACCACACUACUGGAGCUCAAGAUAGACAAUCAGAGCCAGCCCCUAGGCAACAAAGUUGAGAUGGACAUAGCCAGCAUGCUGGAGAAAAAACACAACAUUGCUGAAUUUGGGUAUCAUUUCACCCAGCAGGGUCCGCGCCUCCGAGGCUCUAAUGCCAUGAUGAACAACAAUGACCUGGCCCGGGUCAUCAGGUCGAGUCAGACGGCUCUUUCACCCUCACUCUAUCUGUCCCUGAGCUGGAGAGGGCCUUCGGCAAAAAGUUCAAGUCUAAGACUAAUAAGAAAGAGAAGGCUUGAAGGAGGACCCAUUUUCCCAAAGUGUCGGACAAUGUGUAGAAACCAGGGCUACCUUCAACUCCUGCCAUCUGUCACCCCCUUCCUCCAUGUCAGGUUCAAUUGUUUUGGUGUCAGAGACAACGUCUCGAACUUUUUAACUUACAGACUUUUACAUAGUAAAUGUUAAAUGAUUGGAUUAAUUAACAGAUCCUUCUGAGUUUCCAGUGCAUGCAAAACAAAGUGAAAUUAGUAUUAUUAUUUGUGCUCUGAAGUUUGCAUUUUGACAUCUUUUCUAGGCUUGGACAGCUAUAACUGCAGCUUUUUGUACAAACCAACCUCUACUCUGUAAUUUUGAAUCCUUUAAUGUCUCAUCAAGUACCUAGACCUCAACGAGGGAGCCCAAGGUCUGGUUUUGAAUGUGGGCCUGUCUGAAAAGUGAUGGGUAAAUUUUAUCAAUCCGCUGAGUUGAAUUUUAAUAGUUAUUAUUAUUAUUACUACUGUGCUGUAAAUGAGUUGUGUUGUCACUACUGUUGUUGCCAGCUGUUCUGUUGCUGUUCCCAGGUCAUCCUCCAAGAUUAUGAAUUUCUGCCACAUCAACAUGUAAUCUUAACUGAAUUGAAUUGAACUCAUUUAGAUACUAAGCUAAAUGAUUCUUGAUUAAAUUACACUUGGAUGUAUAAACCUGGCAACUGUGAGAUUUGUCACAAUAUACAUAUUUAUUUGAGACAGACCUGGGAAAGAGUCAGAAACCAUUCAUAUGACUUGGUUUGAUUGUGCUGGAUGAUCAAAUAACCAGUGAUUAAAAAAAUGUUGCUGUAAAAGAAAAUGUACUGUCAAAUCACACUGUGACAUUAUUCAGCAUUUAUAUUAGCCGUCCCUGUCUGUUAACUUGGAAUGUUAAAAUGUAAUGUGUUUUUUUUUUUCUUUAAUAUCACGACAAAUAUGGCACUGUUGUAUAGAAUUGUUUACAGCAGAGACAUUUUAAGAGAGAGAGGCGAGAAACUCAAUUAAAAUCUAUGAGAGAAAUUCACAACAGCAAAGACGGCGGUAGAAGGAAAAACUUUCAGGGGAUUAAAAGCUUUAGGAAAACUGUUUCGGGACAAACUGCAAAAAAUUUGAACAGAUAAUUUUAUGAGAUUUGACUAGCGAUUCUUUCCAUGCAGUUUUUGAAAUAAAUGUUACUUUAGGUCUUGUUUACAAUAAAUUUUCAAAAUAAAUGGCCGGCGGUGUUACCACGAUGGCGGCAAGACUCGCUUCUAGAAGGAUUUGGCUUACUGUCAACUGUGCAAGGCAGACUAUAUUAACCCAUACAACUUGUGAUUAUUUGAAUGGAUUUGUGUUACACUUUCAACCAGGUCUGGUUUGUUGAUUGUUUGUGUUUAUUUGUAUUUACUGGAGCUAAAAUGUGUGUUUUAGUAUUAAAUUGCUUACUUUUUAUUACAGGUUUCACAUUAAUGCCUUCAGGUUUGUUGUAUUUUUGUAUACAGGAAACCUUUCGUGUCUUUGCAGAUGUCAGACUUAAUCCACCUUAUUCAUACAAAGAAACAUCACCAGACUCUUUAUAGACAUGUUUAACUGUGACAGGUCUUAACCACUGAACAUCUGAAAUAUGGUAUUACACUUUGAUCCUAGAUUAAUCCUUUGCAGCACAUAAUGGGAUUUCUUGUAACUUUAAAAAUCAACAGUGCAAUGAGGAAAAAGUAGAGUUAGCUGUUAUAUAAACAGGAACUGGAAGCAAUAAAGUUCCAGUAAAAAACACAGGACAGUUUGUUAGCUUUUAUUAGCUCAAGAUGAAAUGGAUCCGGAUUGCCUGCUUUAGGAAACCUAAUGUGAACUACUGCACCUGAUAUGCAAAAUUCUGACAGCAUGUUAAUAACACAUUCAGUGUUAUUAUAUAUCACCACUUUGUUACUGCCAGUGUCAAGGGCAGUGUUCAGUAAAUGGUCAUUAUGAAUAUAAAGAUUAAGAAUUGAGAGCUGAAGGUGGAAGCGGACUCCUGCCUCUCACAGUCUGUGUGUGUCCUGUUCUUCCUUUCUCCUGUCUAGUGCGUUUUCAUAUUGUACUGCUUAACUCUGUUUUUUCCUAGAUA